AUGAAUACCGUCUUGCAGAAACUCACUGAUCAGCUCGAAACGAUGAAGCUGUCCUUGGCAGAUGUCCAAACAACGUACACCACCAUCAACAGUUCCAGACAGAAUCUGCUGCAUGAUGCUCCAACAAAACUGCCAGAUGUCCAAACGACGUACACCACCAUCAACAGUUCCAGACAGAAUCUGUUGCAUGAUGCUCCAACAGAACUGCCAUACAUGUUCAAACGCAGUCAAAUAAAUAUUAUUUAUUUCAGAAGCGAUAAAAAUAACACAGAUGCUAAAAAUGAAACCUUCUGGCCCCCGCGUAGCGGGGGAUAA